AUGGCAGAGAAGGCUCUUGCUAUUGACUAUAGCUCCCUUGCGCCAACGACCGAGAUUCGCAUACUUACCCUCAAGCAUGGAAAAGGUGAUGAUCCGAUUGCAUGCAACCUCCAACCUGCGAUGCGAGAUGGAGCCGAAUACCAUGCUCUCUCAUAUGAAUGGGAAGACGAAAGCAAGAAUGAUCCUUUCGUCACCAUCGAUAACCGUCAAGUUCAAAUUCGCAUGAAUCUCUUUGAGGCCCUGAAGAACAUAAGAAAGCCAACGGAAGAUCUACGGCUCUGGGUGGAUGCAAUAUGUAUCAACCAGUCAGAUGUUCAAGAGAAGAGCCGGCAAGUCGCCAUGAUGGGCGAGAUAUUUACAGAAGCAGUCGGUGUAAUAUCAUGGCUCGGUCCUGUCAGAGACGACAGUGACUUGGCGAUGUAUGCCAUGAGAUUCAACGAAAGACCAGACUCAGACUCACGGGAGUUGAAGGCCUUACUUUCCCUCUGUCAUCGAAGAUACUGGCGCCGAGUCUGGAUCAUACAAGAACUCUACCUCGCAAAAAGCUACGUAGUAUGGUGCGGCCACAAAUCCGUCUCCGACAGCAAGUGGGAGACAUCCCUCGUGAGCCUGAACUCGGCGUACGACACGUACGGCGAUGACUUUACACAAAGCCCAGCGAACCAACACUCGAUGGCCCGGUUGUGCCGCUGA